AUGGCAUCCAAGCUAACCUUAAAGCUUCUGGUAGAAAAGAGCACAGGCAAGGUGUUUUUUGGAGAGGCUGAAAAAGACUUCGUUGAUUUUCUCUUCAGCCUCUUAGUAGUGCCAAUCGGCUACGCAGCAAAGCUCCUCUCAAAGCAAAACAGGGUAGGAUGCACUGCAACUCUCUACAAGAGCCUUGAAAAUCUCCCUGUUGCUCACUUAGAACCCCACUUUGACAAAAAUGCCCUCCUUAACCCCAAGAUUUCCAUUCCAAAUAGCGGUCCAGAUCCUUCCCUUCUGUUGCAAGAUGGUGCUUCCACCACAUUAAAGCUCUACUCAUGCAGCAGCUGCAACUAUCACGGCUAUGUUACGGAAGUAGAGGGCACCUUGUGUCCUAUUUGCAAGAAGAAAAUGGUCGUUGAGGUUUUCAAUGUUGGACCUACAACAGCAGCGUCGGGAUCGGACGGUGGACGAGGGUGCGUGAAGGGUGUGGCGACUUAUAUGGUGAUGGACGAUUUGGUGGUGACUCCCAUGUCUACCAUUUCAAGCAUUGCUGUACUAAACAAGUUGAAUGUCAGAGAAGUGAGUGCAGUCGAGGAGAGGGUUGUGGAAGUCGGCAUGGAUGAGGCUUUGGCUCUUCUAAAGGCUUCUUUGGAGUCAAAGACAGUUCUCAAUGACGUUUUUGGAGCAAAGUUGAAACCACCGAAGUCAGCGUACCUUGCGCGCCUAGAAUUAGAAUUUGCAGAAUAG